UGCCUUACCUUAGGCGCCAACGCCGGAUCGGUGAAAUCAUCACGCCCCCGGCCUCUUCGCGAUUCUCGACUCGAAGUAUCAAAUAGGAACAGAACCUUCGUGUGGCAUCGAUCUCGAAGCCAGUCCUCAGUAUAUCCUCAUGAUCCCCAGAACCAUGCAGUCAAUUGCUCCCGCACCCGUCGCCCACCACAACCAGCAGGAUAUGAGUGCGGAUAAUGACUUAAGAGCGCAACUUGCCGCUGUCAUCAGUCCGUCGCAUAACGCGCCUCAUGGCUAUAACGACGUGCAGGCAUCGAAUAGCGCAAGUCCUCACGACCAGAAUAUUGACCCGGCGAUCGGUGGCCCAGGGCGCAUGAUGAGUGCUGGCGGCGAGUCGGGCGGCGACGAGAUGGGCGAUGGCCGGAAGGGCGGGAAACGCGAGCUUUCGCAGUCGAAACGCGCUGCGCAAAACCGGGCUGCACAACGUGCCUUUCGCCAGCGCAAGGAAGGAUACAUCAAGAAGCUCGAGGAGCAGGUGAGGGAGCUGCACGCCCUCGAGGACAACUACAAGGCCAUCCAGGCCGAGAACUACUCGUUGCGCGAGUACAUCAUCCACCUGCAGUCGCGCCUCAUCGAGUCCCAGGGCGACUACCCUCAACCCCCUCCGAAUAUCAACCUCACCCUCCCGCACGUUCGACAGGACCACAUGGAGCAUCUCCAUCGGCAUGAUGGCGCCCCAGUCGCGCCUAUGGCUCCCAUGAGCCAGCUCCAGGCGUCAGCCGCCCGUACGUUGGCGGCGGCGGGUCUGAGUUCAGGUAAGCAUGGACAGGACGACCACGGCUACGAGCAGCACAAGCGGUUCAAAGAGAGCGAGGAGUCCGCGGCUGCCGACGAGCUCAUCCGCUCGCAACUGACGACUUCUCUCUAAAUGUGUUCAUGGGAACUGGCGUUAAACGGAGGCCAAGGAUGCUGUCAAGGAUUUCUCGGCGUCACAUGUUAUGAAUCUGAUGCGGCUUUCACUUUGGAAGCAUGGAUAGGCGCUGGUACAUGUAUUUGCUUUGAAAAUGGGCUAGACAAAUAGUUUCCUUGCUUGUUCU